AUCCACAAACAGCUCCAUCUCCAAAGCCUCCAGCCAUGAAGCUGGCCGUCACCCUCUCCCUGGUCAUGCUGGCCUUCUGCUGCAGCUCUGCUUCUGCCAAAGAUUUGCCCAUCUGCCCAGGAUUCCAAAAAGUCAUUGAGACCCUCCUCAUGGGCACCGUCCCCAGUUACCAGAAGGCCCUGCAGCCUUUCAACCCUGCCCAAGAACUGCAAGACUCGGGGGUCCAGAUGAAGAUGGUGCUGGACACUCUGUCCCAGGAGACCAGAGAGAACAUCCUAAAACUCACGGAGAGAAUACUAACAAGUCCACAGUGUAAGAAGGACUUAAAAAUCUGAGUAGCAGAAGCUCAUUUUGGAGUGCUGGACCCCCGACUGCCGCAGCCCCUGUCACUGCUCCCUGCCUCUCCAACCUCCCUGCGACCAGCCCCGUCUUGCUCGCUACAAUAA